AAAAUGGGGAGGAAAAAGAUUCAGAUCCAGCGAAUCACCGAUGAGCGGAACCGACAGGUGACAUUCACCAAGCGGAAGUUCGGGCUCAUGAAGAAGGCGUAUGAGCUAAGUGUGUUGUGUGACUGUGAGAUCGCACUCAUCAUCUUCAACCACUCCAACAAGCUGUUCCAGUACGCCAGCACCGACAUGGACAAGGUGCUGCUCAAAGAGAUGGGCGUGGGAGAACCCUCACCUCUGCUGACAGUAGUGGUGCGGUUACAGACCCUGAGGAAGAAGGGCUUCAACGGCUGCGACAGCCCGGAGCCAGAUGGGGAGGACUCGCUGGAACAGAGCCCCCUGCUGGAGGACAAGUACCGGCGCUCCAGUGAGGAGCUCGACGGGCUCUUCCGGCGCUAUGGGUCAGCUGUCCCGGCCCCCAACUUUGCCAUGCCCGUGACAGUGCCUGUGUCCAAUCAGAGCUCACUGCAGUUCAGCAAUCCCAGCGGUUCCCUGGUCACCCCUUCCCUGGUGACAUCAUCCCUCACGGACCCACGGCUCCUGUCCCCCCAGCAGCCAGCACUACAGAGGAACAGUGUGUCUCCUGGCCUGCCCCAGCGGCCAGCCAGUGCAGGGGCCAUGCUGGGGGGUGACCUCAACAAUGCUAACGGAGCCUGCCCCAGUCCUGUCGGGAAUGGCUACGUCAGUGCUCGGGCUUCCCCUGGCCUCCUCCCUGUGGCCAAUGGCAACAGCUUAAACAAGGUCAUCCCUGCCAAGUCUCCACCCCCACCCACCCACAGCGCCCAGCUCGGAGCCCCCAGCCGCAAGCCGGACCUGAGGGUCAUCACUUCACAGGGAGGAAAGGGGUUAAUGCACCACUUGACUGAGGACCAUUUAGAUCUGAACAAUGCCCAGCGCCUUGGGGUCUCCCAGUCUACCCACUCGCUCACCACCCCAGUGGUUUCCGUGGCAACACCGAGUUUACUCAGCCAGGGCCUCCCCUUCUCUUCCAUGCCCACCGCCUACAACACAGAUUACCAGUUGACCAGUGCGGAGCUCUCCUCCUUACCAGCCUUCAGUUCACCUGGGGGGCUGUCACUAGGCAAUGUCACCGCCUGGCAGCAGCCGCCACAGCCCCAGCAGCCGCCCCAGCCGCAGCCUCCGCAGCCUCAGCCCCAGCCCCAGCCUCAGCAGCAGCAGCAGCAGCAGCAGCCGCAGCCACAGCAGCCGCAGCCGCAGCAACAGUCCCACCUGGUCCCUGUGUCUCUCAGCAACCUAAUCCCUGGCAGCCCCCUGCCCCACGUGGGUGCUGCCCUCACAGUCACCACCCACCCCCACAUCAGCAUCAAAUCGGAACCUGUGUCCCCAAGCCGUGAACGCAGCCCUGCACCUCCCCCCCCAGCCGUGUUCCCAGCCACCCGCCCUGAGCCUGGUGACAGUCUCAGCAGCCCAGCUGGGGGCUCCUAUGAGACAGGGGACCGGGAUGACGGACGGGGGGACUUCGGGCCUACCCUGGGCCUGCUGCGUCCAGCCCCGGAGCCCGAGGCCGAGGGCUCAGCUGUGAAGAGGAUGCGGCUUGACACCUGGGUACUGUAGCAUCGCCCCUCCCGUCUGCCAGUGUCCGCUACACCCAGGGACUCCCCGUGUGCCCCAGCCUGUCUUAUCUCCCACCUGAGAGGCCUUGUGGCCAGCUAGCCCUUCCAUCAGCCCUUUUGAGGCAGCACUAAUGCCCUUUUACCCCCACCAAAGGCCCGUCUCUCACCCUUCCUCCAGCAUCAGCCCUUUUGCUCGACAACAUCCUCCCUCAGAGCUGGCCCUGCCACUAGAAUCCUGGCCCUACAGGGAGAGGGGCGUGGGGGACACAUACCCCAUAGUCUGGGCCGCCCCUCACACCCCCUUCUCCAUCUCCUCUUUUCACAGACAUUAAAGUGACGAUCCCCACUCCCCUCCUCUCAGCCUCCCUGAUGAAGAGUUGACAAUCUCACCGCCCACCCCCCUGUCCUGGGCUCCUCCCGCUUGACCCCCACUUCCUUUCUUGUGCUCCAUGUCCUGUUGACGGUUACAUUUGUGUAUAAUUAUUAUUAUAUUAUUAUUAAUAUUAUUAUUUUUUUUAAUUUGGAUUCUCACUUUGGAGAGGGGGAUGCUCCCAUCCCCUUUCUGCACCCCCUGCCAUUUUCACUGGCUGCGGGAGCUCUUUUUUGCGGGAAGGGGGGAACACUUUGCACGUUGUACACAUAUGCUGCAGGAGGGGGUGGGGGCCCAAUGGGCCUUUGGAAAAGGACAGGUGCCGAGCCCUGCAUGCGGAGCCCUCCCACCCCGUCCCCCAGAUAGAGGGAAAUAACCAAAAAAACUACCAAACAACAAAACCCUUACAAUAGACUGAAACCCCAAAGUUGGCUUGAUGGUGGGUUUGUGUUUCAGGGGAAAGUGAGGAAGAGGCUUUGUAAAGGGUUUCUGCUUCUGGGCUGUUCCUAUGGCCAUAGGCAUAUGGGGCAGAAUACCCAAGCCUGGCCCCCACAUGUCCCCACACACACACGACACUCACUGAUUCUUGUGUGAGCUGCACCUCCAAGGUGUGUGGGUGCUGGCUGAGCUUUUGGGCUGGGAAGGCUGCCUAGGAAUCUGAGGCUGGGGGGAGGCGUUGAGGUGGGGGCCCCUCUGAAGCACAUUUGGAGAGAAAGAGCCAUGAGGAGAAGGCUGAGGAGGGACAGAGGCUGGGCCAAGGGUGUGAGUCAGGGUCCCUUCCCUUUCCCAGCGUUUUCUCUAAGAUACACAGUGCAAUAGCUCCCCAUCCCUCAGUUGCCACCAGCCCUGUAAAGCUGGCCACAAAGUGCAGGGAGAACUGGGGAGAGGAACUUGAGUGAGGUGACUCAGUGGGAGCGGGCCUUGGUCACUUCGGGAUGCCUGAGGACCGGAACCCUUGCAUCCAGGGGCAGGUGUGAGUGAGGGGACUUGCUCUUCCUUGCACGUACAUAUUCCCAGAGGAGUGGACGUUGGGAUGGGGUGUGAGGAUGGGAGAGGGGAUGGGGAGGUCUGCAGAAGGCCUGCCUCCCUUCUCUCCUCCUUAGCCCCUCGCCCAGCCCUCCUCCCAGCUCCCACUCCUGCUCCCGAACUGCUCCAGGCCCCACCUCCCUGCUCUUGGCGCCCUCAUUGUCUGGCUACCUCCUGUCCCACCCCAGGCCGCAUCCCACCCUCCCUCUUGGCUACUGUAAUUGUAAAUAGCAACCUUUGGAAAAGUUAGCAGUGUAACAGUCCAGGAAACUGUUUUUUUGUUGUUGUUGUUGUAUUGAUAUGAAAUGAGAUUCUAUUUUUGUCAAAGUAUAUUGUAAUAAUAAUGACUCAAACGCCCGUACUGUA